AUGUACCUGGUCACUGUGUUUGGGAACAUGCUCAUCAUCUUGGCUGUCAGCUCAGACUCCCGCCUGCACAUACCCAUGUACUUCUUCCUCUCCAACCUGUCCUUUGUGGACAUCUGUUUACCUUCUUCCAUCAUCCCAAAGACACUGCUGAACAUCCAGACCCAGAGCAAAACCAUAUCCUAUGCAGGCUGUAUCACACAGAUGCAUUUUUUCUUGCUCUUUGCAGGAUUGGAUAACUUCCUCCUGACUGUGAUGGCCUAUGACCGGUAUGUGGCCAUCUGCUGCCCCCUGCACUACAAGGUCAUCAUGAACCCCCAGUUCUGUGGACUUCUUGUCCUGGUGUCCUGGCUCUCUAUUGUCUCCUUAUUUUAUUGUACAAGCCUAGGUGUGUACCUCAGCUCUGCUACUACCCAGAGCUCACAUGCAGUUGCAACAGCCUCAGUGAUGUACACUGGGGUCACACCCAUGCUGAACCCCUUCAUCUACAGCCUCAGGAAUAAAGACAUAAAUGUGGCC